CAAGGCGCGGGGUCCUCGCCGCGAGGCCCGCGGCGUGUUUACAAUAUGGCAGCGUCCAGGCGGGCCCAGGUGCUGCGGCUGUAUCGUACCCUGCUGAGGGAGAGCCAGGGCUUCACGGCCUACGGGUACAGGACAUAUGCCAUCAGAAGAAUAAGAGAUGCAUUCAGGGACAACAAAAGUGUCAAGGAUACUGCAGAAAUAGAAACACUAAUGAACAAAGCAAAAUCUAAUCUGGAAAUGAUACGGCGGCAGGUCACCAUAGGUCAACUAUAUUCAACAGAGAAGCUUGUUAUUGAGUGCCCACAAAACAUCUAAUACUGGGUGAAGACUUAUGCAGCAGCAGCAGUGGACCAGCUUCAGUAUUCAACAACGCACAUAGAUUUUCACUUGUCCAUACUACAUUGUCUACUUAUGUUUGAGUGGUCAUAUUACUUUUUAAUGUAAUUUAAACUCAACACUGUAUAUUGGUCUUCACCUAAGCUGCCUAGAUUGCCAUAGUACAUAUGCUGUCUACAUGCUACUAAAGUGAUGCAUGUGUUUUGUUGGGUCUUAAGUGUCAUUAUUUGCUAGUAUUAUCACAUCAGUUUUCUUGACAAUAAAAUUUCAUAAACCAAA